AUGGCUGAUGAAGACGAAAGUGCCGAAAACUUCGAAAGUCCACAAGGGGCUGAAGAAUUAGUUAGAAAUCUUCUUGAACAGGUGAAGACCAUCGGAGAAAAGGUAAAGAAAAAGAAAGAACACCUGGAGGAGGUUUCAGAAAAGUAUCACAAUGAAGCGAGGCAUCUUCAGGGAAUUCUUUCAAAACUAUAUGAGUUGAGGGGAUCGUUCAGUGAAGGAGAGAGAAUUCAAGCUGAGUUUGAAGAAUUUUGUGAAUCGCUUACCUUGAGAUCCCAAGACCUUACCGUGAAGCUGGAGAAGUUGGAUGCCAUCCUAGACGAUGUCCGCGUUGAGGAAGAAAAAAUACCUAAGUUCACUGAGCAGGCUCUCAACAUAGACACCGCGUCGCUGUCUACCGGAGAAGGUCGCAAAGAGUUUUUAGACUUGAAACAAGAUGUUGACGAUUGGUUUGAUACUGUCCGCCUAAAGUUUAAGGAGGGAAAGAAGAGAAAAUUGAGCCUGUAUACCAAAGGAAAUGUCGAGGACCUUUCUCACUCGUUACAUGCUUGGAGGAAAGCUUCUGAGGUUGCAAGAGAAUAUGGUCGCAAGCUGACGAUCCUGAAGUCUAACGAACAAGACCUGACGGAGGAAAUGCAUAGGAUGAGAGGUGAAAUAGAGAGGCUAAAGAAUCACAAUAAAACAUUAGAUGACGAGAUUUCACUUUUGCGUGGAAAAUUGUUGGAGGCGGAACAGACAAUUCUUGAAAAUCAAACUCUGCAUGAGGACAUUACUGAAGACUUGAGAGAGAAACUGAAAGAACUUCGCGAGGAGUUAAGCUGUGAAAAACGCACUACUUUUGGAAAGGAAAUGGAAGCAGACGAGCUCAGAGGAAAACUGUAUGAACUGCAAUCAGCAGACGACCUCAGCCAGAAGAAGAUUGAAAUGCUUCAGGAUCGUACAAAGCUAUUAGAGGAAGAUAUUGAAUCCCUUAGGGAGCGGUUACUAGCAGGAGAAAAAGAUAAAGAAGAUGCAGAAUCACUUCUAUUUGAACUACAAAGGGAACUAGAGGUCCUUAAUGAUGCCAAUGAUGAGGAAGAUGUAGGGGACAACAAGACCAACGACUACAGUCGUGUAAACAAAUUGGUGCAGACACUGAAGAAAAAAUUAGAAGAAAAUCAAGGAUAUAUCGAAAAUUUAGAAAGUGAAAUCAAAGGGGAGAAGAAUCGUAACCACGAAAAUGCAGACGAAAUUGAGAAGCUGUUGCAAAGAAUUGAAGUCGAGGAGAAAGGGAAGGAGGAGCAGGGAAAACUGAUUGAUACAAUACGUAACUUACUGGACGAAAAUGAAAAACUGGCUGCAGAUCUAGAAUCCCAAAAUAAAGCUUUGAAUGAAGACAUUAGUGAAGAAAGAUCAAGAGUAAUGGAACUACGAGGGAGAGUAGGGGAGCUCCAGGAAGCCAUCAGUGACGAGAAGAAGGCCAACUUUGAUAUGGAAAUGGAAGUUUCUAGACUUAAACAUAAAGUAGAAGAUGAGGAAACUAAAAGUGAGCUUGGCCUUAGGCGGAUAGAGCUUCUACAAGAAGAAAUCGCAACCUUACUGAAUACCAUUAAAGAAAAAGUGGAAAUAAUCGAAGAACUUCGCUCUCAAUUAAGCGAUUACGAAGAAAUUAAAGGAAAACUAAAAGCUGAGAGACAAAGAAACGAAAGCAAUGAGCAAAGUAUCAUGGAACUUCAGAACAGAAUGGUUCAAAACGAAGACGCAUUACAACAAAAGGAGACCGAGAUAAGAAAUAUCAGAGAAGAACUAAAAGACACUAAAGAAAAACUAGAGGGCGUGGAGAAAGAAUUAGAGUGGAUUAAAGAAAACAAUAACUUGUUGUCAGGGAUUCUUCAAGAAAAAGACAGAACUUUGCUGGAAAAGGAGGAAAGGCUGAAGCAAGCUUUGGUUAAUCUCGACUCGGAGCGCACAGUUCAGAAUGAAUAUUCAUUAAAAUGUAAUAUGCUUGAAAAGAAGAUAUAUCUAACAGAAUCGGAGAACAGCGAAAUUACAAAAGUGGCUGAACUGGCCGAGAAUGAAUUGCAAAAGGAAAGAGAAAAAUGUGUUCACAAAGAAAACGAAAUUUCGAAACUCAAGGAAGAAAUUGAGGAGGAACGUAGGAAAAACUUGGAAAGUCAACGCGUUAUCCAAGAACUCGAGGAACAACUUUCAGAAGCCGAUGCUUUAAAUCAGUAUAACCAAGGUAUCAAAUCAAGCUCCAUCGAAAACAUAAUGGAAGCGGAGAAGCAAAACGAGCAGCUUCUCAACAUCAUCGAAGAACUGAAAGAAAAUGUCAAUGAGAAAGAACUUGGUAUCGAAGAACUUGUCUCGAGCUACGCUGUUGAGGAGCAGAGGCUUAGGGAUGAAUUAUCACAAUUAAAAGGUCAGUUAGGGCUGUCAAAAAUGGAUAAUCAGACAAAAUCUGAGAUUAUAAGGUAUCUCAAGGAUGAAAUUGAACGAAUGCGCAAUGUGAUGAGGAUCAAAGCAUCCAUACUCGGGACUGAUGAAGAAGGGGUCCAACAAAAGGAGAGAGUGGCCGAGCAUGUUGAACAGCUUGAACAAGGGCUUGGCUUGAACCGUGACCGCUCUGAAGGGUGUGAAGAUUUCGAAUUUGAUGAGGAACUAGAAGAACGGGAAGCUGAAGUACAAGAACUUUUGGAGAUUCUAGAAGGCGAAAAGGAGAAAAAUAUCAUGUACGAGGAAAUGAUACAACAACUAGAGGAAAUGGUGAACUUGCAAGACGAAAUAACAGAUGCUGAUGAAUCAGACGGUGUAGGAACAGAGAAGGCAAAUGAGACCAGGAAAGAAUUUUAUGCUAAGAAAGAAGAGUACAAGCGUCAGAAACAGGAAAACCUCCGAAGUGAACUCUCUAAAGUAGAGGAGAUUGUAGAAGACCUUCGCGGCAGACUAAGAGCAGAGCAGAGACAUGUAAAAGACCGGGAUAAUCUCAUCAAGACGUUAAAUCAAGCCAGCAACAGAGAUCUCGCCAGAAACGAAGAGCUUUCGGCACAGCUACAAGCCAUGAAAGAUAAGGCCAAGCAGCAGCUUGAACACUCUGAGGAGAUGGCAAAAAAGGUAGAGGACGGUCAAAAACUGAUCAGGGACCUAGAAAUGCAAGUAGAAAAGGAGAGACUGCGCGCCUCGACCAUUGAAGAACUGCUAUCAUCUGAGAAAGGCCAAUCAAAGGAAAAGAAGGAAGCCACAAAGGAUCUCAAACGUAGGGUCGAGGAAUAUCAGAAAACUGUCAACGACAUUAAAGGAAAGGUAGAUAAGAUCAAUCGGCAUUUACACUGCAUGUCUCCUGGCUCUCACGAGUCUCACCGCAUGGGCUCUUCUGAUGUUUCAGUAAAAAGAAUCAACGAGCGACUUGCCUCUCAUAGCUCUUUUAUCAGGGAGCUUAAGGCUAGCAUGAGUGCCGUAGAGGAAACCAGCAAGAGCAUACGAGCCGAAUUGCGAACUCAGACGGACAGAACAAAGAAUCAAGAGAAGAAUAUGGAUGAUCUAUUGGGAAAAUCUGCAGAGUACGAUAACCUUGUAGAAGACAUGAAACGAGAGCUCGGAGAAAUUAGGAAGAGGUACCAGGAGUUGAGUGGCGAGCUUGGACCGGACGAAGACGGUGAUUCAGUAAGUGGCAGGCCAGAAAGUCCUACUAAACUUGUUCGACUCAUGCCUGAGCAUGAGUUAAGCAAGCAGUUAUCACACUUUGAAGAGCUUUUAGAAACUAUAUUUUCAGAAGAAGCUCAAAGGAUCGAAGAAUUGCAAGCAAAGCUGGAUGAAGUAUUCAAGAAGAAUAUUGAGUUUUCAGUAAUCAUGAGAGAGAUAAGAGACAACUUGGAAGAGGAAAAGGUGAAACGAGGACCGUGGGAAGUUGAAAGAGAUGAACUGAAAGCGGCAGUAGCGAAGAGCGAGGUAAAGAUUGAUCAUUUAGUUAUCAGUCUUCAACAAGAGGAAAUGGCAAAACAGAGGCUUCAUGAUCAAAUUCAGCAACUAGAGGAAGAAGUUAAGGAGAAAGAGAAGAGGAUUACAACAGUGCAAUUGGAAAUUCGCGAAACUGAAGGAACAAUUCAGAGGCUAGAAAAAGAGCUGGCAGAAGAGAAAGAGAGAAAUUUUGACUUACAAGAGCGAGUAAUGAAGGAAAUGGAAGACAGUCUUCAAGAAAGCAAGACAAAGCUGGACGAAAUUCGCGUGCAAGCUGAGCAAGAGGUGCAAAAGACGGCUGAUCAAUCUGCAGCGGAGAAAUCAGAAAAAGAAAUGCGAAUAAAAGAACUGGAAAAAGAUAUGUUAAAGCAAGGUGAUGUCUUAGACGAGCUGAGAUCGUUUUUAGAAAAGGAACAAAAUCAAGUGUUUGAAUUGAACGAGCGCCUAGAAAUAGAGCGAAACCACUCGGUAAUGAAAGAAAAUAUGAUCGAAAACCUCAAAGAAAAACUAAGGAUGGAGUCCGAGCGAAGUGAGGAGCUACGUAAGCUUAUCGAAGAGGCGGAAGAUAGAACACUUAGACUCAGUGAAGCUCUGACUCAAGAACAAGUUCGCGGAGUUGAACGAGAGGAGGCCAUGAAACAUUUGUGUGACCGAAUAAAUGAAGAACAGCAUAAGUUAAGCGAGUCUAAGGAUACUUUGGAAGAAGAACUGCAGCUAACAAAACAGUUACGAGAAAAAUUGUCUUUUGAGCAGCUUUUGAAGUCGGAAUUCGAAAGAGAACUUGACAAAGUAAAAUCAAAACUUUCCGAGGAGCGGAAAACUAAGGAAAAUCUUCAGGAACUGUUGUGUAGGGACAAGAAUCUGGUGUAUGAAUCGGAAAAUAAAUUAAGAGAGCAAUUAGACGACGCAAAAGAGAAAGAAAAACUAAUACAUGAACUUAAAUCCGAUUUAGAAACAGAACGAAAGUGUUACAAAAUUCUGUCGGAAAGAUUGCAAUGCGAGCAGAAUCGAAUUGUGGAGUUGGAGGAAAAACUUAAAGAGACAGAAUCAGUGAUAAGUUCUGAUAGAGAAAUGAUAGACUGUUUGCGAGAUAACAGCUUAAAAGGGGACGAAAAACUCUUCGAGAUCUUGGAAAAGUUAGAACGAACAGAGAAACUAAACAGAGAGAAGGAAGAAGAGAUUGGUAGUCUAGUCACCGACUUAGCAGCAGAGAGAAAACGAACAGAGGGUCUUAUGGAAAAUUUAGAAAGUGAAAGGUUUACAAAAGCCAAAAUGGAGGAGAGAAUUAAGGAACUAGAAGAAACAAAUGCGAAGGAUGAACUCCUCUUCCAGGAACUUCGAAACAAAGUUGAUGUCGAGGUGGUGAAGAAUCGUGAAAUUGCAGAAAAACACGACCAAGAAAAAAUGACAAAUCAGAUGUUUCGGGAUAAGGUGCAUGAAUUGGAGUCUCAAGUAGCACAAGACAGUGAAAUUUUCGAAGAGCUCAAUAGAACUAUUGAGAUAGAACGAGAGCAAAGUCGAAAGCUCGAUGAAUUGCUUCACCAGGAGAGAAAUGAGACUGUCCGACGCGACAACGUUUUGACUGAGUUGGAGGGACAACUCUUUAAUGAGCGCAUAACUAAAGAGGAACUGCAGGGUCAGCUAGAAUCAGAAAAGCGGAAUAACAGCGAUUUACAUGACUUGCUAAGGACCAGUCGUGAGGACGAGUUCAGCAGAAGGGAAGUAGAAAGAAAACUCGCCGAGGAGAUGAAAUAUGAAGUAGAGGAGAAAAUCGCAAUUCAAGCAAAGAAAGCUGAAGAACUUGAAUCCAUGCUUGAAGCAGAAAAAUUAAACGUUAUGGAGAGAGACGCUUCAAGGCAAGAAUUGCAGAGAUCCGUUGAACAAAGAGAUUUCUGGCUAUCACAGCUAGCAGAUGAACUCACCAAAGAUAUGGAAGAAAGUCAAAGUUCUACUGACGAAGAGAAGGAACUGCGUACGCAAGACUUGAAAUCAGGUGCUGGACCUUCCGUAUGGGCUCAGGAAAGUAUAUUAAAUCCAGUGGAGAGCAGUCCCUAUGACAACCUUUUCGGGAAAAUAUUGGCAGGAAGAGAUACGAAAAGAAACGUCAAGCUCAAGUCAAAAGAACGCAAAAGAAGACUUAAAGAGAAAGAGAUGCUGUUAGAGGAAGCAAACAGGAAAUUUGAUGAUGAAAGAAAAUUGAACGAAGAAAAGGUCGCUGAGCUGCGAGCUACCAAAGAUAGAAUGAAGCUCUUCGAGAGCGAAAACCACACAAGCAAAAGAGAUUCUGAGAAGCUUCGAGAUGAGCUGGAAAACGAACAAAUCCGAAGCCAAUCUUUUGAAGUUUUAUUAGCUGAGCAACAAAAAUUAAAUCGGGAUCAAAAUGAGCUGGUUAAAUCACUGGAAGACAAGUUGAACGAGGGAUAUAAGCGAUUACAUGUAGCUACACAACAAUACGAAGAACAGUUGAGAGAGAAUCGAACACGGCAAGAGGAAAUCAUCAAACUACGAGACUUGUGUGGAGUGCAAGAAGAUAAGAUUGAAGAGUUAGACAAGGAGCUUAGGACCUUAAAGACCCUUCACCAACAAAAAGACUACUUUACAAGAGAGACCUUUGAUCAGGUGAAAGAUUUAAGAAAACAGCUGGAUGGAGAAUUGAGUAACAUUGAAGACCAAAGGAAAGUACAAGAGAUGAGAGGAAGUGACACCACCGACGCAAUUCCCUGUCAUGGUGAAGGAUAUAAGGCCCUCAGCAGUUUAAGAGAAGAGGUGGAAAACGUAAAGAAAGUCAUUAACUACAAAUUAAAUGAGUUAUCUAAUCUUCGCCAACAAGUGGCUGAAAGAGGAGAAAUUACAAGUGAUCAUCUUUCUCACAAGAAGAUACGAGAAAGAGCGGAAAAAGCAGAAAGCCAACUAAAGAAGCUUCAGUCGUCGUAUCAUCUUCUUUUAACUGACGCUGAAAUGAAAAAGUUUUUAGUGGAAGAUGCUCAGACCGAGGCGAAAAAUCUCAGAAGGGAGUUGAAUGAAAAAAACAGGUGCAUUAAGGAGCUAAAGGACAAAGUGACGUCUCCUACUCCAGAAAAAACAAUGAUAGUAAAGGAUGACAAUGAAGUUCAGAAAUUAAAAUUAUCUUUGUCACAGCAAGACAAACUAAUCCAAGACAUGAAAAAGGAAUAUAAAUCCAAACUGAUCAAAAAAGAAGCUGAGUUAAGGGAGUUACAACUGUCUCUUCAGAUAAUGAAGUCUAUCUAUCAAGGAUUGAAGGCAGAGAAAGAAAGAGAGGACGCAGUUAAAAACGCACAGAAAGCUCGAAAGAGCAAGGAGGAUAUUAGUGCUGCGAUUGAAAUGGUGAGCGACCUUCAACAACAAAUCGAUUGCCUUCAGGAGGAAAUUACUGGUCAUCAGCAGAUGGCCCAGACCCUCAAAGAAAAUGACAAAACCGCCAAAUUGCCGAAUGAAAAUGACAAGAGCUAUCUUAAAAGGCGUAGCAGCCUGCGUGGCGUUUUGUCUCUGCAAAUUGACGAGAAAGAGAAGAAGCUUAAACGACUUAGGAUGUUACUGAAAUCCAUCGAAAACCGAUACGGAAAGGAAAUGUUGGAAAUCAAAGAGAAUGAGACAAGUUUCAAGGGCGAACUAACCUCAGAUUCAGAGGGAGAGUCUCAAGAAAUUAUUCCUCAGACUAGAGAAACCAGCCUUGAACAGUCAUUGCCUCUACCUGAUUUGGUGGGAACGACACAGAAAGCUUCCCUCACCGUAGACAAUGAAAUCAGCCCAGGGUCAGCCUCUGUGGAAGACGAAGAACAGUCGUGUUUUGAAACAGACGCUGUCCUUCACAGAAACCUGGAUGACACACGAAGUAUUUCACCCUUUAGCAAGAAAAGAUUGUUUGUCUUAUUUCUUUUUGUUACCCUCAUUGGUGCCGUAGUAUUUGCAGCUACUUUAAAAGUAUCAAAUACCCUGAUGGCUGGUGUUUUGACCACUGUUUUGAUUCUGCUGUUUAUUUCUCGGUUUAAGAGGACAGUGCUUAAUAUCUCUGAUGGAAGUUUAAAGAAUCAGCUUUUCGCGAUGGAUCAACAAAAGAAAGAGCUUCUUGAAAAAAUCGAGGAAAUGAAACUACGUCAGGAAGGAGACACAGCCUUAAUUGCAGACCUUAAGAGACAACUUGAAGAAGAAAUUGCUGACAAAGAAGCGAAGCGGGUAGAAAGUGAAGAGAUCAUGGCGACCAAGGAGGAAGUGUCUAAUAAGCUGAGGAAAUUAGAAGCAGAAGAUUUUGAAUCCAGAAUGAAAAUGGAGAUAGAGAAAACAAAACUUUCCGAGGCCGAAAAAAUGAAGAGGGGAUACGAGGAGUACAAAAUGUUGAAAGAGGAGAUUGAUCAUAUGAAACGACUGCGUGAAAAAGAAAUGGAUGAUAGAAAAGCCAAAAUUUCAGAGCUUGAGAAGCUCGAAACUACUUCUGAAGAGGCGAGAGAAGAUGGAAUUAAAACUUUAAACUUGCCUAUCUCUGUUCUUCCUAUUUGCAUUGCAGUUUCUGUGUUACUUUGUCAGCUGGGCGGUUAUCAUUUCUUAGCGCCGUAUAUGAUAUUCUUCGUUUUGAUAACUGUCGCCGCGAAUGCGUGGUACUCCAAACGGAGGGUGUCCCAAGUAUUACGCAACGAAAGACAAAACUUUGCCGAGCAAAACGAAGAAAUGGAUGACAUGACCGAGCUCUUAGAUAGACAGUUUGAAGUUGUGAAGUCCCAGAAGUCAGCAAUUGACAUGCUCAUGAAAGAGAUAGAAAAAGAAAAGCAAGAGAGGAAGGAAAAACGCACUACUCUGGCGAAGCUUAUUUGGCAGCUGCAAGAGAUGGAAGGAAUGCAAAACAUCAUUUCAAAACAAGCUCCUAAAGCAAAAGAAGUCACAGAGCUUGAGGCUGCCGUAAGGUCCAAAGCCGAAGAGAAGGCUUUAGCGAGAGCAAAAUUCUACAACACUAUGAUAAAAACGUUGAAAGAGAUCAAUGCCGACGAUGAAGAAGACGACGAAAUGACGGAUGACUUGUGCAGUGCCGCACAAGAGUUAGCUGAUUACGCCGAAGAUCAACUAGAAGAGCAAAAGAAAAGAGAGCUUGAAAAAGAAAAGCCACAGCGCCCUAAAAAGAGAGAACGCUUUCAAUGGAAGUCAAUGACGCUUUUUGCUGUCAACUGUGCAACAUUAGCCAUUUCCCUCGCUCUUCAAUCGUACUUAAUUACACUGCUGGUAGCCAUUCAAGCUGCAUUCUAUGCUCUGCAAUGGAAGGAGGGUUCGGUAGAUCAGCUCAAGGAGAAGCUAAGGCGAGAAGCUACUCGAAAUCGAUCUUUACAACUGGAAAUAGAAAAGAUGAAGACAUUGCUAGAGACAGAGAAGACCUAUAAGGUGUCUGACGAGUACGCGCUUGAAAUCAAAGAGAGAAAGAAAGCCAGGAAAUCCACGAAAACCAGUUGA